AUGGCUAACUAUAUGUCCUGGCCCUCACCGCAAUUGUGUAUUCUCGGAUCACAGGACGUUGAGAAGAGGAAUCCGCGGGUCGCUGCUCGCCGACAGAUGGACACCGUUGGGGAGGCUCAGGCUCAGGAAUUGAUCCGCCCGGCCCAGGCCCCGCGCGACCCAAGCACACUCGAACUGUUCUAUGACCUGUUUUUGGUGGCCAACCUUGCUACUGUCACAAUGAAAAACGAGAUUGUCGACGAGAGAAGUCUGAGGGCGUAUCUGGGAUUUUUCACAUUGUUAUGGUUCACAUGGCUGCAGACCAUUCUGUACGAUGUCCGGGUCUCCAGUGAGUCCGUCUUUCACCACAUCCACAAGGCAGUAUCUUGUGCAAUCAUGAUGGGCUUUGUGGUUUGUGCGGCCAUGUACGAUACAUCCGACGUUCACUCCACAAUCAAUGGAUUCAAGGCCAUGUCGCUUGUACUGAUGGUGUCGAGACUGGCCCUUGCUCUACAGUAUAGUAUCGUCUGCCUGUCUGUUCGCGGCCCUUCUAAGAUCCGGACCCCUAUGUUAUUUACCGCGGGCAGCCUGAUCCUUGCCGCGGCCGGCUUUCUGGGCGUCUUCUGGGGGUUUACAUAUACUCCUCAUUGCUAUCUGGCCUGGUAUGCAAUCUCUGCCACGGAAGCGACCUCGAUCGUUUUGAUUUCCUGUCGGUGGAGAAUCUUCAGCUUCAAACGAACCCACCUCCUGGAGAGGCUUGGGCUCCUGACCCUCAUUAUCAUGGGCGAAGGAAUCCUGGGGAUGUCGCGAACCACCUACCAGCUGUUUCAGACAGUUAACAAGCCCACCGCCGAGAAUUUUGGCGAGCUCAUAUCUGCCGUCCUCCUGGUGUAUAUGAUUUUCAUGCUAUAUUUCGGCCACAUUGAGCACGACAAGUUUGGCACCAUUCGCCAACAGAUUUGGAUGCUCUUGCACUACCCACUUCAUGUCGCCAUCCUCCUCACCGUGGAAGGGUCGUCGUUUCUGGUCUUGUCGGGAGUCAUCGGCCACAUCACCGACGCUUGGGGUAACCUCUACCCCCUUUCCAGCCAUCCCGAUUGGAAUAGCUUUUUCUCAGGGUAUCAGAGUGCAAAUGAGGUCGUCAGCGAUAUCUUGAUGGACAUGGACACGUUGCUUGCACUUACCUUCAAGGACUCGGAAGCCCUGGCCCUGAUCAAUCUGUACAACUACACAACGGACAUAGUGACCGUCGAAACGAUUGCUGCGCCCUUUAAUUCCACUCAAUGGCAAGAUGAGGCGAGCAAUGCGAUCAACCAGCUCUGGAGUGGCGUGGAAGUUGCAAUCUACCACAGCUUCGGGAUUGAAGGACACGACCCGCACGAUCAUGAACCAUCGUCGAUCGAACAGGCAGCGUCGGCACAGAACGUCAUGGACACGGUUUUCCUCUACUUUUACUUUUCGGCUGGAAGCCUCCUUCUCGUCCUGGCCAUCAUGUACGCUUUCUCCAAGAAGAGCCAGAGCCAUUCACGCGAAGCCUGGGCGUCGAUUGCAGCUCGAAUGGUCGUGGGGGCUGGAGUCAUGCUUCCGGUCAUGGCCCGAUGGAUUGACACAGAUGCGAGCUAUUCAUUUUACCUAAGUCCUUGGACCAUUGCAGUUGUGAUGUUGAGCUACUUGACCGGUGAGCCCUGA